AGUAAGGCAGCAAAAGCACAUCCGUUUUUUCACUCCUUUCAACUCUUUUUCCUGAUUCUUCUUGGGGGAAAAUCUAAAACGGUGGAGAAUGAGCAUCACAGAUGUCCUUAGUGCUGACGACAUUGCAGCAGCCCUGCAGGAGUGCCAAGACCCAGAUACUUUUGAACCCCAAAAAUUCUUCCAGACAUCAGGCCUCUCCAAGAUGUCGGCCAGUCAGGUGAAGGAUGUUUUUCGGUUCAUAGACAACGACCAGAGUGGAUACCUGGAUGAAGAAGAGCUUAAGUUUUUCCUCCAGAAGUUUGAGAGUGGUGCUAGAGAACUGACAGAGUCAGAAACCAAGUCCCUGAUGGCGGCUGCAGAUAAUGAUGGAGACGGAAAAAUUGGGGCCGAUGAAUUCCAGGAAAUGGUACAUUCUUAAAGACCCCAGACUAUGGAAAUAGACACAAUCAGCUGGAAGCCCUCAAAGCCCCAGGAAUGGGAAACCCCACAUCCUCCCCCUAAUUUAUUUAUUAAUGUCCCCUGAAAUGCUUCUGCGACGUGCGCGUUGUUUUAGUGAGGUAAAGAGACAGUCGUUCAUGACUUUCUGAUGACUCCCGUAAGGCCCUCAGCAGACAAUGCCUUUAAAAAUGAUCCAAUAAAGACACGUUUCUCAUCAUCU